AUGGACAAGAUCAAGGAGAAGCUCCACCUUGGCAGCAGCAAGAACAAGACGGCCGAGGACGAUGUCCGCGCUGGCAAUGUCGGCACUAUCGAGGAGAACCGCGACUCAAUCGACUCUGAACUCGCCUCGAUGCCCCCCUCAGAGCGCGUCGCCUACCUAAAAGAAUUUGAAGACUCAGACAAGCACGACACGCCCAAGAAGGGCGGCCUCCUCGAGAAGCUCAUCGCCCGAGGCAACAAGAAGACCGAAGACCAAAUCGCCGCCGAGACCAAGGAGCGCGAGGCACGCGACGCAGCCCACCGCGAAGCGACACAUGCGUCGCUGGGCCCCGGCGCCGGAGCCAGCGCGCACUCAGCUGCCGGACCCGGUGGAUUGUAA